AGAGAGUGGUGGACCUGCAGCACUGUAGAAAGUGAGACAGACCUAGAGCCACACAGCCAACCUGAACACACACAUACAUACAGACACACAAAGACAAGCAGUCAGACCUGAAACUUAACAGACACUCACUCAGCCUCACACACUCUCACUCGCAGGCCUCAUACACGCUACUCUACACGCAGUCAGCAGCAGCAGCAGCAGCAGCAUGUUCCGGUGGAGGCUCCCCCAGGCAGUGUGUGUGCUGUCGGCGUGCGUGUGUCUGGUUCUCGCAUAUGAGGAUGAUAUUGAGGUCAACUACGCUGACACAAGUUACUACAAUGAAAUCACAGAUGGAGAGACACCAGAACCCACACUGACUCCAGCCCCUUGCAAUUCUCCAGAGCUAAUGGGACAGAACAAAUGGGACAAAAUCUUCUCGAUGCUGGAGAACAGUCAGAUGAGGGAAAACAUGCUACUUCAGUAUGCAGAUGACAUCAUCAAGGUGGAGAUGGGGUCACUGCGUGGAGAAAUGCUAAGGUUUGUAGCCCAGUACGGAGGCUCCUGUGGGGCUGCAGUGGAGACAGCAGGAAGAAGGAUGGCCUUGCAGCUGGAGGGCCGCCUCAGAGAAACUCUGGAGCGCCUCAAAUCCAGAGAUCAGACUUCGGCUGCCGCUGUUGGGAAUUCUGUCGGGAAUUCUAACCACCUGGAGGCGAUGGUGCAGCAGCUCCUCACCGCAGCACGAACACAAGCUUCCCGACUCGCCAAGCUAGAGACCAGCUGCUUCAGCAGCCCGGGAGCUGGGAUGGGGAUGAAUACAAAGACAGGAUCCCAGCUUCCAGGGAGUGGAGGGGCAGGGCUCCGGGUGCAAGAGGUCACAUCACAAGAGGUGACUUUAGACGGAGUGCUGGUUGCGCUGCAACAGACGAGGGUGGAACUGGGGGAGGUGCUGAGGUCAUCAAGGCAAAGAUACCUACCCGCAGGUUGUGAGAUGGCGCUCCUCUUCCCCAUGCGUUCCCAUCGAAUCUACACCUCCGUCAUACCAGAUGUCCCUCUCUCCGUCUCCUCCUUUACCGUCUGCAUGUGGGUGAAGCCAACCACUGUCUCCAACAAAACCGUGCUGUUCUCCUACGGCAACCGUCGCAACCCAUAUGAGAUCCAGCUGCUGCUCGGUCAGACCUCUGCAUUCUUCACCAUUGGAGGAGAGGCUCAUCUGGUGGAAGCACGAGGUGUGGUGUCCCCAGGAGGCACAUCAGAGUGGAUCCACUUGUGCGGUGCUUGGUCAUCUGAGCAGGGCCUGGCGACUCUGUGGGCAGGUGGGAAAAAGGUGGCCUCCACACCUGGAGUGGCCGAAGGACACAUCUUACCCGACGGAGGCUCACUCCAGCUGGGGCAGGAGAGGAACGGCUGCUGCCCUCCAUCUACAAGCAGUAGCAGCAGCGGGGUGGCAGGGUUUGAGGCAGGCUUCGAUCCAAAGAUGGCGUUCGCGGGGAAGAUGACAGGAGUGAACAUGUGGGACAGGGUGCUGUCAGAGGAGGAGAUUUCCCAACUGGCUUUGCGGGAGGGGCAGGGCUGCGAGCAGAGGGGGAACGUGGUGGCGUGGGGUGUGACGGAGAUGGUGCCACAUGGAGGUGCUCAGUUCAUCAACUAACAGAUCCGUACUCCUCGUCAUGGAAAUUUGCAUCAGCAUCAUAAUUGUCAUCAUCAUUGUGAAUAUCAGCAGCAUCGUAAUAAGCUUUUUCAUGCCGAAAAUGAAGAGAGCAACUUACAACUGCUUUUAAUCAUCUUCGUCCUUAUAGUUAAAUGUUUUAAUUAUUACGUUAUUACCAUGACUGUUAUUUCCUUCAUCAUCUCCAUCAUUACUAUCAUGAACCCUAAUGCUGCAACGAACUUCAUAUGAGAGAAAGCCAAUACUGUGAGAGACUGAAGUGUAUUUUUGAACUGAGGCCAUAACACACACGCACACAAACACGUACACACACAAACACCCACAGACAGAUGUACAUUCAGUUUAGAAAACUUGUAUUGCAGCAGGAAACAUGCUGCUUUUCACCAAAGACUCAAUUAGACUGCAAGAUAGACAAAGAGUCUAUUGUUAACGUGAACGGGUUCUGAGCCAGUAAACAGAGUAAUCAGCGGACAGCCACGGAGCAGAGGAAGACAAGAGGUCACAGAGAAUUACAAGAGAUGAUCUUGUAACUGUAGAGCGAUGUAGUUUUUAGAGGAAUAAUGUAUUUUCUCUCUUCCUAUCUAGAUUUCUACAGAAAUGGCGACUGCAGUUAACCAAGCACCAAUGCAAAACAUGCUAAACAUUAAUAUUUUGUUUUCUACCUUUGCAGUCUUGCAGGUAUUAGAAGUUGGAGAUUCAUCUAUCCCUAUUACAACUGAAAGCAGAGGUACCGUACUAAUGUUUUUGUAAUGCGCUGUCAUCUACAGCACAACGUAUGAUGUACAAAAUACCUGUGUGACUGAAAACUGCUGUACUUGCUUUCAUCUCAAGUAUAGAAAAACCAGCAACUCUAGAGCUUCAAAACUCAAUAAUUUCAGUGACUUAUUUCAUUUGCGUGUUUUUCCUGAAUUUGUGAAAGCUUUUAAAGCAUUUUUAAGACCUUACAUUUCCAAACUUGUACUCAUCAAAGUGUUUACAUUUAUAAGAGUUUCAUAAUUCCAGUGCUUUGUAAGUUAAGUUUGUUUGUUCUCAUUUAAUUUUAGGAUAAUAUAUGCGUGUCUUCUUUUUUGAUGCUGCAUAAUGUAAUAGUACGACUGUUUUAUUUGCAAUGUAAGUUUGACAUUGUUUGUUUGUUUUUAUUUGAUAAAAGAAACUGAGGACCAUGUUUACACAAUCUAAUCUUUUCUGAACUAAACUGUCUUGUAUUAUACUGUAAAUUGCUUUUGUUCUUCUUGUGAAAAGGUGAAACUGAAUGUAUAUUGUACAUAAAUCUAUUUUGCAUAAAAGUUGGAGUGUGAGGUAUAAAUAAACAUUUCAAGUUAUAGUAUA